GUACAUUUUGCGUGUGUGGUGAAAAUUGAAGUACCUGCAGUAAGCACGCGAAUUAUAUUUUAUUUGUGUAUCGUAGCAUUCUCAUUCUCACAUCAGAUCUGAGUGCAUAGGCGGCGGUAAUUUGGUUCCUCCUUAUUCAGCAAUCUGUUUGAUAGAGAGAGCUUGUUGAUGUUUGAACGUUGUUGGCGAUGAGGUGUUGGGUAGCAGUAGCAGUUGCAGUAACAGCGUUGAUUAUUACAGGAGGAGGUAGAGGUUGUGCGCCUCAUCGGAUUCUUGUGGAUACAGAUGUUGACACUGACGAUUUCUUUGCUCUUCUCUACCUCUUGAAGCUCAACACUUCACAAUUUCAAUUGGAGGGCAUCAGCAUCAGUGCAAAUGCUUGGACGAGUGCUGGUCAUGCUGUUAAUCAAAUAUAUGAUCUACUUUACAUGAUGGGUCGAGAUGACGUUGCCGUUGGAGUUGGAGGCGAGGGUGGAAUACUACAAAAUGGUACUAUACUCCCUAACGUCGGUGGAUAUCUUCCAAUAAUAGAACAGGGAAUGACAACAGUAGGUGGUUGCAGAUACAGGCGGGCCAUUCCUGUUGGUCUUGGAGGGCGCUUAGACAUCGAUGCCAAUUAUGGCAUCAGGAAAGCUUUCCUACCACAGGGAACUAGGAAAUACACUCCACUACAGCAGCCAACUGCACAGGAAGUGUUGAUUGAAAAAAUAUCUGCAGGUCCAAUAACUCUGCUUGUGAUUGGAGCGCAUACAAACAUUGCAAUUUUCCUAAUGAAUAAUCCACACCUAAAGAAAAAUGUGGAACAUAUUUAUAUAAUGGGCGGCGGUGUAAGAUCAAGCAACCCAACAGGUUGUUGCCCCAAAAAUGCUUCAUCUACCUGCGUGCCAAGGCAGUGUGGUGACCGUGGCAAUAUGUUCACAGAUUAUAAUACUAACCCUUAUGCAGAAUUUAAUAUAUUUGGAGACCCUUUUGCAGCAUACCAGGUGAUCCAUUCUGGAAUUCCUAUCACCCUUGUUCCUCUUGAUGCAACAAACACAAUCCCCAUCAACGAACAAUUCUUUGAUGCAUUUGAAAAGAGUCAAGACACAUAUGAGGCACAGUACAUUUUCAAAUCCUUGAAAAUGGCCCGUGAUACUUGGUUUGACAACGAAUUCUAUUCGAGUUAUUUUAUGUGGGACUCUUUCGCAGCUGGUAUAGCCGUCUCAAUCAUGAGUAAGCCCAACAACCAAAAAGGUGAAAAUGAAUUUGCAGAAAUGGAAUAUAUGAACAUAACUGUAAUCACUUCAAACAAACCAUAUGGGGUAUCUGAUGGCUCCAACCCUUUCUUUGAUGGCCGAAGAGUUCCUAAAUUCAAUCUAGAAAAAGGUGGGGUGCAUAGUGGCCAUGUUCAACAAGGACUUAGAGAUCCACUUUGCUUUGUGAAUAAUGGGAAAGGGAAAUGUCAGGAUGGUUACACAGCAGAGGUGAGUGGUCCAGACUCAGUGAGGGUACUUGUUGCCACAAAAGCAAAGCCUAACAAGGAUGUUGGGAGCUCACUUGACAGAGAAUAUUUCAUAAGCUUCUUGAAUGUUCUGAAGCAUCCACAAAAUACUGGGAGGUUCAACUUCACCACACAGUUUCCUUACUACAAAGAAGUAACUUACAAGCCAGAUUUUGAAAAUAAAACACCGGGGAAACCUGUUGUGUUUGAUAUGGACAUGAGUGCAGGCGAUUUUCUGGCUCUAUUUUACCUCCUAAAAGUGCCUGUUCAAGUAAUCGACCUUAAGGCAAUCAUUGUGAGCCCUACUGGAUGGACUAAUUCAGCAACAAUAGAUGUCAUCUAUGACUUACUACACAUGAUGGGUCGUGACGAUAUCCCAGUUGGUCUAGGAGAUGUUUUUGCAAUGAACCAGUCAGAUCCAAUAUUCCCACCUGUUGGAGAAUGCAAGUAUGUAAAAGCCAUUCCCCAUGGAAGUGGGGGGUUACUGGACUCUGACACUCUUUAUGGUCUUGCUCGUGAUCUACCGCGCAGUCCAAGAAGGUAUACAGCAGAGAACUCUGUGAAGUUUGGGGCUCCUCGGGAUACAGAUCACCCUGAGCUCAGACAACCAUUAGCCAUGGAAGUUUGGAACUCUGUAUUGCAAAGAACUAAACCAAGGUCUAAGAUUACAGUAUUGACUAAUGGACCCUUGACUAAUCUGGCAAAGGUUGUAUCGGUGAAAAACAUACGCUCAAGAAUUCAGGAGGUAUAUGUAGUGGGGGGACACAUAAGCAGCAAUGUCAAUGACAAAGGAGAUAUCUUUUCAGUUCCUUCGAACCAAUAUGCAGAAUUCAAUAUGUUCCUGGAUCCUUUAGCAGCCAAGAUAGUGUUUGAAUCAGAAGUUAACAUCACACUCAUCCCACUCAACACACAGCGCAGAGUAAGAUCAUUUUCAACCAUUAUAGGCGAGUUGCGUAGAACACCAAGAACACCCGAGGCUGUAUUUUCUGAGCGUCUGCUGUCAAGGCUAUACCGUUUAAAGCAAACCCAUAACAGAUAUCAGCAUAUGGACACAUUCUUGGGGGAAAUUCUAGGCGCAGUUGUCUUGGCUGAGAGCCAUUCAGGUCUUAAUCCAAAAUUUGAGGCGAAGGCAGUUAAAGUUUUGGCUGAUGGCAAUGAAUCAAGUGAUGGAAAAACUGUGGUAGAUGAGAAAGGUGGAAAACUAAUGAGAAUUUUAAGCAGUGUGGAUGCAAAGGCUUAUCAUAGUUUGUAUGCAAAAAAGCUUGGCGAUGAGAACCAAUCAGCUAAGAUAGGCAGCUUUGAGGAACAGCGGAGAAAAUGGAGUCAUCCUCACAUUAUAAAUUAGAGAUCACUUCACUUAGAAUGUGAUUCAUGAAUCAUUACUCAAUUUAUGAUCCCUUUCAUCAUCCCGACACUUUAUUAGAGCAAGGUUUUCACGUAUUCUGGUUGAUUCUACUUUUUACAUCAAUAGCCAUUAUUUAUGGUUUCCACGACUAUUUUGUUUUGUUAGUAUUAAUACUAUAAAUUAUCAUCUAAAAUGAAAUAUCCGACGGAGUAAUUUCAUUGUAUUGAAGAAACAUUGUUUAUUGAAACUUAAAAUAUUUUCUCAAA